AUGAAUCCAUUUUAAUAGUUUAUUAACGCAGGAUAGCAAUAGUAUUAUACUUAAAUGCAAUAAUUAUAGCAGAUCCAAUAUCUCCAAGUAUUUAUAUGAUAUUAUGCUAGUAUUUGCAACUGCUUAGCACCAUUCAAAAUAAUUGUACAAAUCAAUAAAAUGUUCAGAUUCCUUCACUGAAUCCUCUUUAAUAAUUUUCUCUUCUUUCUUAAUCAUCUCAAAGAACAAUACCCUCAGCCCAAUAGCCUGAUAUUCGUACUAAGAAAAGUUAAUCUGAAAGAGUGUUACCAAAAUAGAAGAAAGAAAAUGAAAUUCUUAAAUAAUUUUCACAAGAUCAAAUUUUAUAAGAACUCAAGCAAUUUCUAGAGUAUUUGAGCAAAAAUGAAGUUAAGGAAAUGGAUGAAAGUGAAAAAAAUCGAUAUGCAGUAUUGAAUAUAAACAUUAUGUUAGAUAUUGACAAAAAUAGAUGAUUCUUUAAUAGACACACUUAUCAAUCGAUACCAAAAAUAAAAAAAAACUAAGGAAGAAUAGAUUAAGUUUAUCAUAAGGAAGUGCUUUAAGUAUCUCAAAUAAAAGAUGAAUUUAAAUGAAUUGACAAUGAGUGCGUAUGAAAUUGAAAAGGUCUUUUAUAAGGAGUACUUCAUGACUGACGAGAAUAUUGAAGACUUAAUACCCUUUCGAUAAGAAUCCUCAAACAAAACGAUGAAUAAUUCCUUCCUAAAGAAAAUUUUCUCUUCUGAAAAGUUUUAUUAAGGAUACCUUGAAUAUUUAGGUAGUAAUCAUCAAAUAUCAUUAGAAAACUUUGAUGACAUAUGGGAUUAAGAAAAUAAUGAAAAGAUUUAGAAUAUGACCAAAUAAGUAAUGAAAUUUAUUGCAUCUGGAUAAAUCGACGUAAAUAGUAUUUAUAGUCCUUAGAAAAUAUCCUCAUACAAAAGAGUACCAUGGAUUUCGUCUAUGAAAUAAAGAUGUUAUGAAUUAGCUGUUUCGUUUAAAGCAUACCAUGACCAAGAGGAAACAAAUAAAAAAGUUAAAUUAGAAUGAUAAUAUUUUAUUUAAUUUGCAUACACAAAACCCC